AUGGAUCAAAUGAUAAACAUGGCGUUAUUAGUGAGGAAUAUUUCAAAGGUUAAUGGUAGUUAUCGCUUAUUUUACCCCGCUGUGUAUGGUGUCAAGUCCUCUAACUGGUUGAUUCCCAAACAAUCGAUGAGCGAUGAAGUCUCUAAGGCGCGGUCGGCAACUGAGACGCAGAAACUCCAGCCGACGAUAUUCGACAAAAUCAUCGACCGUUCCAUACCUGCGGACAUUGUUUACGAAGACGGCUCCUGCUUGGCCUUCCGCGACGUCAACCCCCAGGCGCCGACGCACAUUCUCGUGAUUCCCAAACAGCGGAUCACGAUGUUGAGCGAUGCCGGUGAAGAGGAUGUGGCGUUGUUGGGACGGUUAUUGGGUGGCGUCAAGAAAGUCGCAGUUUGGUGGGAGAGUUUACAUGGUUAUCGCAGGUGCAUCCUUACACUGCGACAUUGA